GGAAGUCAGAGUUCAGCCUGCUGCACUGUCAACAACGUGCGUGUGUUGUGAAUGUAGUAAAUGAGCAUUUUGCUCAUUUAAACAGAGAUAAAAGAAAACAACAAGAUAUCGUCUUGUUGAACGUAUCAACCCAAAAUGAGAAACCUCAGUCUGCUGCAGCGCUUGAGGUGUGUGGAUCUUUCCAUCCUGGGAUCCCCACAGUGUUUCUCCAUCAGGAGUGAAGCUGGAACCGUGCUGGUGGCCUCCGAACUUUCCAUCACAGAGUAUGACCCUCGGACCGGAGAGGUUUACAAGGAGGUGUCACUGACAGCAGAUGAUUAUCUCCCAGAGGAUGGUAGUGGGGUUGUCGUGGCGAUCCAAUACCUGUCGGAUCAGGAGUCUGUGUGUGUGGCCACUGCUAACGGUGAUGUCAUUCUUUACAACCUCAACAUCGAUCAGUUAGAGUGUGUUGGCAGUGUGGAGAGCGGCCUAACCGGCAUGACUUGGAGCCCGGACCAAGAGUUGGUCACUCUGACAACAGGUCAGCAGACCAUUAUCAUGAUGACCAAAGACUUUGAACCCAUAACUGAGGUUGCAAUCCAUCAGGAUGACUUUGGAGAAGAUAAGUUCAUCACAGUUGGUUGGGGGAAGAAAGAGACUCAGUUUCACGGAUCUGAGGGCAAGCAGGCUGCUCAGCGGAAAGCUGCUGAAGUUCAACCUGCUCUGCAGUGGGACGACAGAAAGCCCAGGAUCACGUGGCGUGGUGAUGGGCAGUUCUUUGCCGUCAGCGCUGUCUGUCCCCAGACUGGUGCUCGAAAAGUUCGAAUCUGGAACCGAGAAUGUGUUCUGCAGGCCACAAGUGAGAUUGUUAAUGGACUGGAGCAGCCUCUCUGCUGGAAACCUUCUGGCAGCCUGAUCGCCUCCACACAACGACACCCAAACAAACACAGUGUGGUGUUUAUGGAGAAGAAUGGACUUCUACAUGGAGAGUUCACUCUUCCCUUUGGCAAAGAGCAGGUCAAGGUAAAGGAACUUCUGUGGAACAGUGACUCUACUGUACUGGCUGUCUGGAUGGAGGAUUUGAAUUCUGAAGAGAAUGGCCAUCCCAACACAUACUUUCAGCUGUGGACGGUGGGGAACUAUCACUGGUACCUAAAGCAGAGUUUACAUUUUGGCAAUGAGCCAUUGAAGGCCCCAGCGUAUGUGUGCUGGGAUCCAGAGAAGCCCUUGCGUCUUCAUCUCCUGACCCGUGGAUGGGCCAGCUACACUUACGACUGGGGAUGGAGCACCCAGCGCAGUCAGGGCAACGAUUGCUAUGACAAUGCCAAUGUGGCAGUGAUCGAUGGAUAUAAAGUCCUAGUCACAACAUUUCGUCAGUGUGUAAUUCCUCCACCCAUGUGUGCAUUUGAACUUCAACUUCCUGUUCCUGUCAACCUGGUUACUUUCCUCUCUCAAGCCGAGAGAACCAAUGAGCUCGCAGCUCUCACAGCCGACGGGCGUAUUUAUGUAUACGGUCAAGGUGGUGUUGAAAAUGGAGGAACUCCUGGGGCAUCUGGCUUCAGAGUACUCUCAUCACCGUUAGUUCUAAAGAAAACAUUCAGGAUCGCCAUGGAUCAGGAGGAACCUCUGACACUACGUUUGCUGCUGUGGCUGAGUGAGAACGUGUUUUUAGCAGUGAAUCAUGGAAAAAGCUUGAACCACUUGCUGAAAAUCACCCCAUCAGACAGCCAUGAUGCCAAGGAUACGCUGGACAUUGGGUCUGAGGUUCCAGUGGAUGGUCAUGUGAUCAGCUUGUGUCACAGUCUCAGAAGUGGUACAGUGGCCCUGCAGCUUGAAGAUGGACAGAUAAGGAAACUUGUCAUGGACUCAUCAGAGCUCAGUGUAACAGAAUGGAAGGAUUCAACUGGCAAUACCAUCAACUUCCCCCGACCUUGUGUUCAGACAGCACUGUGUACCCUCAGUGGAGAAGAGUAUUUGAUAGGCCUCACAGAGAGAUCACACCUCUAUAUCGGUGACUCACUGGUGGCCUCCAACAUCUCUUCGUUUGUAGUGUACGAUGAGUUCCUCCUGCUCACCACUCACUCUCACAUGUGCCACUGUCUCAACCUCCGCACACUCUCUGUUAAAGGUGUGCAGUCUGCUCUGAGCUCGGAAGCCAAUCAGAAUGAUGAGACUGUGCGUAAGGUGGAACGUGGCUCUCGUAUUGUUUCAGUGGUUCCUCAGGACACCAGACUCAUCUUGCAGAUGCCAAGAGGAAACCUGGAAACCAUCCAUCAUCGUGCCCUCGUACUUUCUCAGCUUAGGAAAUGGCUUGAUGGUCUCAGAUUUAAAGAUGCUUUCGAGUGCAUGAGGAAGCUGAGGAUCAACCUAAACCUUAUAUAUGACCACAACCCCAGUGUGUUUCUCGAAAACAUUGAGAUGUUCCUAAAACAGAUCGAUUCCAUCAACCACAUCAGCCUGUUCCUCACUGAACUCAAAGAGGAAGACACCACUAAAACAAUGUACCCGUGUCCUUCAAGCUCUACCUCCAGUUCUACUUCAGGUAAAUCAGGAAAGAAGGUGGACAUCAUCUGCAAUGCUUUUAUAUCCACAAUGGAGACCCUCGAUGCACAGAAAUAUUGUUUAUGUAUUCUGACGUCGCAUGUGAGGAAAACACCACCAGAGUUGGAAAUCGCUCUACAGAAGGUCCAUGAAUUACGAGUGAACCCCCCCAGUGCCACUAAUGGUGUGAGCGCAGAAGAGGCCCUGAAGUACCUUCUAUUCCUCGUCAAUGUGAACGAGCUUUAUGAGCACUCUCUCGGCACCUACGAUUUUGAUCUGGUGCUCAUGGUGGCCGAGAAAUCCCAGAAGGAUCCUAAAGAGUACUUGCCCUUCCUGAACAUGCUGAAAACCCUGGAGCCAAACUAUCAGCGCUACACUAUUGAUAGACACCUGAAGAGAUACAGAAAAGCCUUAAAUCACCUCAGCAAGUGUGGUGAAGAGCACUUCACAGAGUUGUUAAACUUGGUAAAGGAUCAGAGACUGUACAGUGAUGCUCUUGAGCUGUUCCCUUCAGACAGUCAACAAUACAAGACCCUCAGUGUGGCCUAUGGGGAGCAUCUAGUUGAGCAGCAGCAGGCAGAGCAGGCGGGGCUGUUGCUAUGGAGGUGUGGAGAAACCACUCGUGCCCUCCAAGCCUUCAUCAGCUGUACAAGCUGGAGACACGCCCUCGGAGUGGCAACAAACAUCCCCUUGCCACCUGAACAGCUGGCACUGCUCGCCAGAGACCUGGCAGAGAAACUUCUAGAGGCCAGAAGGCACACAGAAGCCGCCCUGUGUUUGGAGCUGUAUGCUAAGGAUUGUGAGGAAGCGAUAUCUGCUCUGAUAGAGGGAGCUGCAUGGGAAGAAGCCCUGAGAUUGAUUUAUUUUUAUAACAGACAGGAUAUCAUUGAGACAAAUCUUAAACCUGCUCUUUUAGAAGUUCAAAGCAAUCAGAUGUCUUUUCUGGAGUCCCAGAAGGCUUUGUUCAUCCGUCACAAGAACCGUCUUGCUGUGGUGCGAGAACUCAAAGUCAAGGCCAGACUUGAGUUAUUUGAUGAGGAUGGUCCUGACUGCGCAGACGCUGAGCUCUACUCUGAGGCCAGCAGUGUUCUGACCGGCAGCCAUCUUGGCUCAAAAUACUCUCACAGUAACUCGCGCAUUUCAUCGAGGUCAUCUAAGAAUCGUAGGAAAGCAGAGGGCAAGAAGCACAGUCUGAAGGAGGGGAGCCCGUUUGAAGACAUCGCCCUCCUGAAUGCACUUACUCAGAUCAUCACCAUUGCUGAUAAGAUGAGAGAGGAGGUUCAUAGUCUGCUGAAGGCUCUGGUGCUCUUCCAGUUUGAUGGUCAGGCCAGUAGCCUGCAGAGAAACUACAGUGAUCUUCUACAGCUCAUGGAGACAGGCAUCCCAGAUAUCUGGAGUGACAACAUGCAGCAGGGACAAACUCCACUCACUGGUCCAAACUCAACAGCCAAUAGCAUUAUGGCAUCAUUUCAGCAUCCGAGUCCAGGCGUUCCUCAGCAUGACACGGAGAUCUUGACUGCACCAAAGAUGAGGAGCUCCAUCAAAUGGAAACUAACUAUUCUUAAAUAGUCUUCAUAUGUUACUAAUUAUUACACCUUAUUGUUUGUAUUUUAUUCAAGUAAAAUUUCUGCAUUGUUUUAUGGAAGAAUUAAAGAUUCCUACAUGCCUAUUGUCUUUUGAGUUUCAUUUAGCUUAAAUAUCCAUGUCAGCUUCACUAUUAA